AUGGCCGGUUCGGGCCAACCGCCUUGUUGUGACCCAUUACAAUUCUUCAAAAACAAAAGGCCAGAGUCACCAUCGGACUUGCCUGCCGAUGACCCCGUACCCGUCGGCCGAGAACCACAGGCCAUCGUCCCGAUGGUCAAUCUCGCCCACACUACGCCGAAACUUCGACCAGCAUCCAAGUCGACCACCUCGCAGAGCCCAGCAUGGCAAACCUUUGUAACGGCGCUUAAAACGCUAGAGGCUGGUGUUGGCAUUUUCCCUCCUCUCAAGGAGGCAGUAUCUGGGUUACUUGCAUGCACGGUGCACUUAAAUAUUUCAGAGCGGAAUCGAGAAAACUACGAUCGACUGGCCGCUGAUUUAGCGAGUCUGGUGCAGACCCUACAAACUCAUCUCCCAGGAUCUGAACCCGCGAGAAUGCCAUACUCUAUCCAGAACAUUUCUCGUGCUAUCUCAGAACAAACGGAUUUCAUCAAGAAACAGCAAGACCGAUCUGGAUUGGAUAAAUUUGUUCGGGCCUCGGAUGAUGAAAUAAGCGUUGUAGGAUGCUACCGAAGGAUAGAGCGUAUAUUUAGGCAGCUACAGAUUGAUAUAUCUCUUAGUGUCUGGGAUCUAACUCAUCAUCAACUGGUGGAAAUGCGUCUCAAGGAGCUUGAUACGGUCCACGAUGCCAGGCACAAUGCAGGCUUAUCGAACGAAAUGUAUAGACGCGGCUGCACCCCGAACACGCGUGUCAAGAUCUUAGAAGACGCCAUGAAAUGGACGAAAGGUCCGGACGCAAAGAAGAUAUACUGGAUGAACGGCAUGGCCGGAACCGGCAAGACGACCAUCGCAUAUACUCUCUGCGAACAGCUCGAGAAGUCGGGACAACUUGGCGCGUCCUUCUUCUGCUCCCGCGCCUCCCCCAACUGUCGAAACGUGGUCCGAAUCGUACCAACGAUCGCAUACCAGCUGGCCCGAUUCUCGAAUCCGUACCAGAACGAGCUUUGCAAGGUCCUGAGUAAUAACCCCGACGUCGCAAGGCGAGAAAUUUCGGUUCAAUUCGAAAAGCUUAUAGUAGGACCGUUGUUGAAGGUCAAACAUGCGAUACCCACGGAUGUGAUUGUUGUGACCGAUGCACUGGACGAAUGUUCCAACGUACAGGGCACUCAACUCGUACUUGAGCUUUUGUUUAGGCACGCAGCUAGCAUUCCCGUCAAGUUCUUCGUCACCAGCCGGCCUGAGCCUGGGAUAUCUGGGAAGGUACUUGGCCCGCAGAACAUGUACCAUUUUGUUUUGUAUUUGCACGACGUCGAAGAAUCGCUUGUGCAGGAGGAUAUCCGGGUAUACCUGGAAGACGAGCUCAGAUCGAUUAGCGCCAAGCCGGAAGACAUUAGGCAGUUAGCAACUCGAGCAGGGUGUCUGUUUAUUUUUGCAGCGACAGUUGUUCGAUAUAUUGAGCCACGCGACGUUUCAGCGGACCACGAGAAGCGCCUUGCAGCGAUGCUCGAUUCGCAGUUCAAAGCAGAGGGAGAAACAUACCGGGAGCUUGAUAAGGUCUACUCGAUGAUAUUGCUCCAGGCUCUACGGGAUGUCAAAACAGAAGACGAAAGGAUGAGGAAAACUAUAUUGCAGACAGUAAUCGGAGCCGAAGAACAAUUGAGUCUCCAUUCUCUCGCCGAACUCAUGGGCCUCGAAAGUGAACAAUCCGUGCGACGAGUACUUCUACCGCUCAGUUCAGUUCUGAGAAUCUCAGCCGAUUCCGGAAUUGUUUCUACGCUUCACGCGUCGUUUCCGGACUUUAUGCUGGCCUUUGAGCGGUCUGGUCAAUUCUAUUGUGAUAUAAAGGAACAAAACGCGCGCAUGGUGUCUCGAUGCUUCACCGUUAUGCGGAGCUCGCUAAGGUUCAACAUCUGCAAGCUGGAGACAUCUUCGCGAUUCGACAAGGAUGUGCCUGACCUUCAAGUAAGGGCGGACCGUGCAAUUUCCACUGCGGUUUUCUAUGCAUGUCGAUAUUGGAGCAGUCAUUUACAGGGUUCGAUUUUCUCAAAGGAAAUAGUACACAUGUUACGGGAGUUUCUCUAUCAUAGGCUGCUGUUCUGGAUGGAGGUGAUGAACCUGAAGAAUUGCAUUGGACAUUGCUCCGACGCGUUGCUCAAGGCUUUCAAAUACAUGUCGGCUGGUGAUAUUUUCACUGAGCUUCGAGCUAUGAUACAGGAUUCUCGCAACUUCGCCACCACAUAUGCAGCCAGCCCCAUAUCAAACAGCACCCCUCACAUCUACAUAUCCGCCCUGCCGUUGGCUUCGACUGAAAACCGAGUGCGACAGGUGUACUGGCCACGCACCAAGGGUCUGGUGAGAUUGGAAGGCUCUGUGUUCGAAGGCAGAAGGUCUGCAGCCCUUGCAACCUGGGCCACAGGGUCGAGUGUGAACAAGCUAGCCCUGUCACAGGAUGGCAAGCGUAUGGUAUCUGGGGGCGACGAUGGAACGAUCAGUGUGUGGGAUGUGAGUACAGGCAGACGCAUUCUUGGACCAGUGAAAAAGCACGAGGGCAAUGUUUGGGAAGUCAAGUUUUCUCCAGACGACACAACGAUCGCCUCCGGCUCCGCUGACUACACGAUAUAUAUAUCGAACGCAUAUACUGGCAACACACUCGUUGGUCCUCUCGAAGGGCAUACCAAAACAAUUUGUUUCCUCUCAUUCUCGCCAGAUGGUUUAUUUCUUGCAUCAGCUUCUGAAGACCAUACCAUCCGUAUCUGGAACACCAUUACGGGCGCUCAGGUCGGCUCAGAGCUCACAGGCCAUCUAGAAGCUGUUAUGUGCGUGCUGUUUUCCUCGAACGGUGAUCGUCUGUUCUCGUGCUCUGACGACCGCACCAUACGCAUCUGGGACUGGCGUGCCGGCACUGUCGUCGGCAAGCCACUCGAGGGACAUACCGACUGGGUCGACUGCAUUGCCCUUUCACCGGACGAUAUGUACGUCGCGUCAAGCUCUCGCGACUGCACAGUUCGCAUAUGGAACGCGGAGCGCAUGGAGACAGUUGUUGGGCCACUGAUAGGACAUACUGACCGAGUUGCAUGUGUCGCAUACUCAUCCGACGGCAAACGCAUCGUGUCCGGUGCAUUCGAUCGUACGAUACGAGUAUGGAGCGCCGAGACUGGCGACCUGAUCGCCGGUCCAUUCACUGGACAUGGCGGCAAUGUGUACUCGGUGAUGUUCUCGAUCGACGACACACAGAUCCUAUCUGGCUCAGGAGACCAGACCAUAUGCGUGUGGGAUGCCAGCCAUGGCGCCACAGAGGCCAACAAGACUUCCGAAGGUCACGCUGGGUAUAUCCUGUCGGUUGCAGUGUCUCCUGAUGGUAGCCGAGUCGUGUCGGGAUCUAGCGAUGGCACUAUAUGUGUGUGGGAACUGCAGACUGGCAAGCUUGUUCUUGGACCGCUUAAGGACCACGAUCACUGGGUCCAGUCAGUGAUAUACACUCCUGACGGCACCUGUAUCGUAUCAUGCUCCGAAGACCGCACAAUUCGCACCUGGGAUGCACAGACUGGGUUGACAGCCAACGAGCCCCUCACCGGCCACACUGACAUGAUUCUCGCAGUUGCAGUCUCACCCGACAGUCGGCUGAUUGCAUCUGGAUCAGCAGACUACUCCGUCAGGCUAUGGAACUUGCAGAGCAGGAGGCCAGUCGGAAAGCCACUUGAUCAGCAUAAAUCCUGGGUUCAAUCGGUGGACUUCUCACCCGACGGCUUGCACGUUAUUUCUGGGUCCAGUGACAGGAAUGUAUGCGCGUGGAACGUUGCGGAUGGUACCAUCGUAUGGGCGAGCAAACAGCAUGCUGGAAUGGUUGCUGGUGUCAGGUUCUUACCAGACGGUCAGAAGGUAGUGUCUUGCUUGGAUGACGGAACGCUCCUGCUGUUGGAUGCGAACACUGGUGUUGUAGCCUCCGACCCAUGGAAAGGGCACAGUAAUAAUGUAUCGGAUGUUGCCAUCUCUCCCGAUGGCACAAUGGCUGCAUCUGGGUCAUUCGAUCGUACAAUAGGACUGUGGGAUGUACAGACGGGAAUACUACUGGCGCCUCUACUCCAAGGACAUACCCACGCAGUCAAUUCAGUGGCGUUCUCGCGCAACGGCAAGCAUAUCAUCUCGGGCUCUCACGAUGGCACAGUACGUGUGUGGAACAUCGAGACUGCCAUCAAGAUGAAGAACGAAGCGGCAAGCAACUGGGUGGUGAAGGAAGAUGGAUGGGUGAUAGAAGCAGAGUUGGGGGUUGUACUCUGGCUGCCACCGGACUUGGCGUCCCGUCUUACUGUCCCCCCGUGCUCAAGAAUCAUUGAUAUCCGCGGACCCUUACUAGCCGACCUUGGUAAUGCGAUAUAUGGCAAUGGCUGGGAGAGCUGCUAUAAUGCAUCGAUUGAGUAG